CACAGAGGUGGGUUUGGUUGAGGUAGUUUGUUUGUGUGCGAGACAGUCGGGGCCCGCGAAGGGGCGGGGGAGUUAAAGCCGUCUCAGGAGGAGCUACCCCUUUGAAGGAAACAGUUAUUCUAUUCUCAGCCAGAAGAAACCCUCUGGUCUCACAACUGGUCUGCGAUUGGUAGGUUUCUGCAUUGGCUGGGGCACAGGCUGCUCUUGGAAUCUAGGCCAUGACCAGCAGAGGAGCUGCCAGGCCAAAUGGUCAAUCACAAGCCAGCAAGAUCUGUCAGUUCAAGCUAGUAUUACUGGGUGAAUCGGCAGUAGGCAAGUCCAGCUUGGUGCUGCGUUUUGUCAAGGGACAGUUCCAUGAAUACCAGGAGAGCACGAUUGGUGCUGCUUUCCUCACACAGUCGGUCUGCCUAGAUGACACAACGGUAAAGUUUGAGAUAUGGGACACAGCUGGUCAGGAAAGAUAUCACAGUUUGGCCCCUAUGUAUUACCGAGGGGCUCAGGCUGCCAUUGUGGUGUAUGACAUAACUAACCAGGAAACAUUUGCACGAGCGAAAACAUGGGUGAAGGAACUCCAGCGGCAAGCUAGCCCAAACAUUGUUAUAGCCUUAGCAGGAAAUAAGGCUGAUCUUGCCAACAAGCGCAUGGUAGAAUAUGAAGAGGCUCAGGCUUAUGCAGAUGACAACAGUCUAUUGUUUAUGGAGACAUCAGCCAAGACAGCAAUGAAUGUUAAUGAUCUCUUCCUGGCAAUAGCUAAGAAGCUGCCAAAGAGUGAGCCCCAGAGCACAGGCGGUGCCGUGGGUCGGAAUCGAGGUGUGGACCUUCAUGAGCAGUCUCAGCAGAACAAGAGCCAGUGUUGUAGCAACUAAGCAGUGGCUUUAUAGCAGCCAGUGAGAGAUAAGAUAUAACCUCCAUUCCCACCCCACUCCACCACACCUCACCUCCAGUAACAGCAUCGGUACACUUGGAAGCCGCCCCCUUCCUCCUCUUGAGAGCUCAGUUAACUGCACUUCUAAUGCUUCAGAAACCACCACCAGACGUCUGUUACCACCACCCCAAGAAAAGUGGAGAUAGACCGACCGGGGACUUAACUUCCAAAAACAAACUCUUCUUCACUUUGUAUAAUAGGUGCAAAUAGCUACCUACUUACUUGGAUCCCCCUGCUCUGUUUUCUCCCAGAUAAUAUUUGUUUCCCCCUCCAUCUCCCCCCGUCUUUGCUCUGAUAAAAUCUGUGUUCUUGGGCCCUUUAACAUCCACCCUCUCUUCACCUCCUCCCCCCUUUAUUUUGUUUAAUGCUAUGGGGGUGUCACAAAUGAGGGGAAAUGUAAUUCUUGUAGAUUUGUUUUUAAGGGCAAGGUUAAUGGGUUUCUUCAGAAAAUGCAGACUUUUUUGAGGGGCUCCUUUCAGUUUUUUUUUAUGUCAUUUGUUUUCUCUGUUCAGAAAAGCUGCAGUGUCCUUUAUUAUCUUUUUCCAGGGCAGGCUUUUGGGACUGGGUUGGAGAGGGAAAUCAUAUCUGAAUUCUUGCUAAUAUCUUGCUUACUGCAGUAUCAAUGUGGUUGUAGAUCUCAGUGACAUGAAGAUAAGAAUCAUGUAUUUAUGACUAUAGUGUUUAAGAAAACAGGUUUUCCAGACCUUCUGUUGAGACUUGGUAGAUGCCUGGAAAUUGUAAUGACAGUGGUUGAGUUAGAGGAGACUCAUUUGCUGAGGAUCAAUCUUAACUGCACAACUAGUGUUCCUAAUGUUUCUCUCCUUCUCUUAUGUCAACAAUCAGGUGAUUUACUUGCCUAUUGCACUGAAGUUAUUGGAGACCCAUUAGGGAUUUUCUAUUACCUACUCAAUGGGUCUGACCAGCAGUUGUAAGAAGCGAUCUGCACAGAUACCAAGUUCUUUUUAUUCUCUUGGACUACAACUGAGUAGCCUGCCAGGAUUCAUUUUCAAUAGGUUCUAGGUGCUCAGUCCAUACCUGGCAUUAACCUAUAGAAUGCACAACAUUGUUCGUUUUGUUGAGUGUUGUUCUGAGUUGCCAAAAGGAGAAGUGUGCUUGCAUCCUUAGCUGAUUGUGGAGAAAGCCUUUUCCUAAAAAUCACUGCAGAGUAAAGGCUUUAGACUGUGGGGUUGGAGAUGUAAGAAAAUGAGAAACCAGACAAGACACUAGAAGAAGAGAGAGAUGUUAGCAGAAGGAACAGUACUGUACUUUGUAUACUAUUUUCCUUGCCAGAGAGCACCCAGUUUGCCUUGUGAUUCUUUCCUACAACCUUGUGAAAUCUCCUUGUGUAGAAACUCAGUCUUGCCCUCUGUAACAUUGUUGAAUGGUGGCUCUGGGAACAGUAGAGUAGUCUGUCUUCAUCCUUCAAGGGCUGCCUAAACUUGAUAACUGAAUUAGAUAUGCUCAGCCCUGAUGUUCAGUGUACUUGUAAAUAAUACAGCACAAAUGUUUGUGUAUAAAAAUGUUUAAGGGGGUGGGUGGUAGUGGGAUUUUUACUUCCUUACUAUUAUCUAAACAAACUAAUAGCUUUUUAAACUUAGCUGUAGAUAGUGCUGAUCUGUAAGACUAAGCAUGCUACUGUCUCUCUCACCUACAUCUUGCUCUUUAAACAGCUAGCAAGAGUCCAGUGUCUUUGGAGGAAAUGAACCUUUUCCCAUUAAUUCAGCUUUGGAAGUGAAACAAUUCUCCACUGCUUUGCAGAUCUGUCUCCAAGACAGCUGAGUAUUAGUUUAAAGAUCUCCUUGGUAUAUUCUGAUGUCUACCCCUUUUAGACUUCUUAAGUCAUUGAAUGGUGUUGUGGCAGAACAUGGAAUGAAUUGUGCCUAAGUACAUAUGCGCACACCCUUUCCUGUUAUUUUCCCAUGCACAGUUUUAAACUUAAUUUUUGCACAUAUUUUUGUAUCUCUACACUCUACAGACUUUUAUCUACCUGCUCUCACUCAUGAGUGCACAUUAAAUACUGAAUGAGCAGUGUGUGCACUUAAGAUUUAAAUUUUGCUAUUAGCCACCCUUGUAAGCCAGGCAAUGAAACUGUUACAUCCUGCACCACUAUCAUCCUCUGCAGUUAUUCUUCUGCCUUUGAAAAGGCUAUCUAGUAGUUGCUUCCGUUUUGCAGUAUGCACAGAUGACGAAGAAGCCUAAGUGACCUGCCUGUUCAAAUCUUGAGCAAGAAUCCUUCAGAGCUGAAUUGAUUGUAAUUGAUAUGUGCUGUUACCUGCUGCCUCAUCCAGUUGUCCUGAAGGGAGGAAUUGUUUCUUGUGGGAAGUCCUCUGUACUAUUGUGUGUGCAACCCAUGUAGCUGUCAGUGAUGAAGAUGUUUAGGUUUCCUUGGGAAAUAACAGGCCUUUCCUAUAUUUGUUUCAGAUCCUAUAUUUUGGGUUGUGGUAGGGCUGUGUAUGAGGGAGAAUCCUAAAAUGGUCUGCUGCACACUCAGUUGCAUUUGCUGCUAAAGCCUUCUUCACUGACAGUUCCAUGUUUUAUUAUGCACACAUACUGUGUUGUGUUUCUUCAUUUAAGAGGAUUGAGAAGCGGGAAAUAAGCAUGACCUCUUGCCUUUCAACAAAGCUAAGGUGCUGUAUUCAGUUCAUGGGCACAGCAAAAACAGAUAUUGUAUUCAAGUACCAUGCCCCCAACUCUUUUAAUUAUUGAUCACAAACUUUUUUGUUAUUACUUCCUAGCUAGUUCCUGGACCAGGAAAGGACACUGCAGCUUUCUCUGAAAACACACACAUUUUCUUUUCUGCUUAUUCUUCUUUUCUGAUCAGUUUUUGUUUUUGCUUUUGAGAAGGCUCUUACAUUGCAUUUAAAAUAACAAUCAUGGUAACAGAAUUCAACAGCUGAUUUACCGGUGUAUUUAAUGUAAGUAAACAACAACAAAUCAGUGUAUUAGGUGCAUUUGCUUUUUUAUUUUGAUUUGAAAUGAAGGGAAAACAUAGCACUAAAAGACGGUCAGCUGAGCCAUGUAAGUACACUGGAGAGCUGCUCAGGCCGCAAAGCCAUGAAACAACUGGCCCUUGCAGGUUUUGCUUGAUACGUUUGAUUUGAAACAUUUUUAUAAAAUUAUUGGUUGUCAGUGGGCACAAGAUCUGAUGUAAUAACAAGUGGUAUUGACUUUGAUGGGACAUAAAUACAUCCUGUUAGAUUCCUUUCAGAUAUGUUUGAAGGACAUUUAUAGCUCAAUAUACAAAUGUUUACUUGGCAUUUCCAUUUAUUUCAGUGGAAUUUUAGUUAAAAAUAUGUUAUAGAGUUCUAGUCAUAGUUUGAUGCUGGGGUUAUCUUCCAAAAUGUAGUUUAUUUUCGCAUGGGCAUAGAAGAAUUCCACAUGCUGAUACUAUAGCCAUUUACACUCUAGGAAAAUUCAUCUGGGGGGAAAAAACCUUACACUGUCAGUUUUGAAUUUAAUGGAUUUGCUUAAUUAUGGUCACAGCUCCCAGCGAAGUCUUCCUUUAAAAGGCACUGUUGCUUCACUUUGUAAAUGAUAAUACUUGUGAAUACUGCUAGAGGUUUUGUUAGCAAAAGAUAAGCUUCAAGCAUGAAUAAUAUACUGGUUUUGCAAGUCAGUAUAAA